AUGGCCUCGAGAAAGAAGGUUCUCCUCAAGAUCAUAAUUCUCGGUGACAGCGGCGUUGGCAAAACCAGCUUGAUGAACCAAUAUGUAUCGAGACUGGCCAAGCUACUCUGGACACGGGCGAGCUUUUUCGUGCCGGAGGAGGUCAACAAGAAGUUUAGUGCAAGCUACAAGGCAACUAUUGGCGCUGAUUUUCUCACGCGCGAAGUUCCUGUCAAUGACCAACAAGUGACAAUGCAGUCUUUGGGCGUGGCUUUCUACCGCGGCGCCGACUGUUGCGUUCUCGUUUUUGACGUGAACAAUGCCAAAAGCUUCGAGGCCAUUGAAGGCUGGCGGGAUGAGUUCCUAGUUCAGGCAUCACCCCGCGACCCCGAUAACUUUCCAUUUGUUGUGCUUGGAAACAAGAUUGAUGUUGAAGAGAGCAAGCGAGUGGCACACGAUAUCCCGUAUUUUGAGACUAGUGCCAAAGAAGCCAUCAAUGUCGAGCAGGCAUUUGAGGUGAUUGCCAAAAACGCAUUGCAGCAGGAGUCCGAAGAGUUUCCUGGUGAAUACCAGGAUCCGAUCAACAUUCACAUUGAAAACGACCGGGACUCCUGCCCCUGCUAG